UGAAAAUCUGAACACGUUUGUGCAUGAAGUGUUUUUAAAUGCUGCCUUUCUUCAGAUCUGCAUCUCCUAACCCUUGUUCUCUUUUUCUCCUCAGCCUGAUUUAGCGGCCAAACCGGUGAUUGCAGAAGUGGCGUUUAUGCUCAAGCUGAAGCGUCCGCCAUUAUGCACAUACGUGAUCGAAAUGUACGACUGGUUUAAUGAACCUGGAUACAUUUCAAUAGUCAUGGAGUACCCAAAGCCUUGUGAAGCACUGAGGGACUGUAUACGCAAUCGCGGCAAGCUGGAGGAACCUGUGGCAUGUCGCCUGGUGAGACAGAUAGUCCUGGCAGUCAAGCAUUGCUUUGACAAUGGCAUUGUGCACAACGACCUGCAUCCCGGCAACAUCCUGGUCAACACGGAGACUUGGCAGAUCAAGCUGAUUGACUUCGGCUGUGCUUUCAAAGUGCUGGCACUAAACUACCAUAGAGCCGUCUUGUCCAGCGCCUGGGAUAUAGGCUACCUGCUGUAUUUCAUGGUGACCGGAGGCAUGCUGAAUUUCGGUGUUGCUAAAUCCAAGCCCUGUACAUUACAUGAACCCAGCUUAACCAGUGAAUGCAGUGACCUGAUCGAAAAGUGUCUGAACGAAUGCAUGACACUGGAUGAGUUCUUACAACAUGACUGGAUGAAGUUGCACUUGGAUGAAGACUCAACAUAGAUGAAGUGUGAACUUCACAUAGAAAGCAGCAAAGUCUUCUACAGAAAAUCCCCUCAUCUUAAAAAA